AUGAAUUUGGCAAGGAGAACGAUUCCAUUCGCCUUGCGCGCGGCAUUGAGGCGAUCUCAUAACCAGCCAACCCCGCAGCUGUCAACGGCCUUCAACGCCCUCACCCGCCACACGCUUCCAGGCUUUGCCGCAUCCAUCCACACAUCAUCUCCCCGACCAAUUUCAGGAGCCAUGUCCCCAUCUGCUGUCAGUAACACGAGCAAUGGCACUGCUGGUGCCCCUAAGCAGAAUGCUUGGGCUGGUCAUCUCGGGGCCGCUGGCUUCGACCUAAGAAGCGAUACUAUGACCACUCCGACGGCUUCGAUGCUUGCUGCCAUUCAAAAUUGCAGUUUGCUGGACGAUGUUUUCGUGGAAGACCCCACAACGAUGGAACUCGAAUCUCACGUCGCAGCUCUUGCUGGCAAGGAGGCCGCUCUCUUGGUUCUCUCCGGGACCAUGGGGAACCAAGUAGCGCUCCGAGCCCUCCUCACGCAACCUCCAUACAGCGUCUUGAGUGACCAUCGCUCACAUAUUAUCAAGUAUGAGGCUGGCGGCGUUGCUUCGCUUUGUGGCGCCAUGAUACAGCCCGUGGUACCACGUAAUGGAGCCUACCUGACACUAGAGGACAUUGAGGCCCAUGCUGCUCUCGAUGACGAUGUCCAUACCUGUCCUACCAGGGUCAUAAGCUUGGAAAACACCCUCGGCGGCGUGGUGACCCCCCUGGCCGAGGUCAAGAGGAUCGCAGAGUUUGCACGGAAGAACAACCUCAAGCUUCAUUGCGAUGGGGCCAGAAUGUGGGAGGCCGUUGCCUCUGGAGCCGGUAGUCUCUCCGAAUACUGCUCACUAUUCGACACGGUCAGCUUGUGCUUCUCAAAGGGUCUCGGUGCUCCGAUUGGAAGCAUCGUUGUGGGCGACGCAGCGCAAAUCAAGCACGCCCGCUGGGUGCGCAAGUCUAUCGGCGGUGGUCUCCGGCAGUCUGGAGUGGUAGCAGCUCCUGCUAGGAUUGCCGUUGACGAGACGUUCGGAAAGGGGCCCAAUGGCGAGGGUGGUCUUUUGAAGUCGUCUCAUGAGACCGCAAAGAGAAUCGGGGAACUCUGGACUAGUCUCGGUGGCAAGCUUACCCUUCCGGUCGACACCAACAUGUGCUGGCUUGAUUUAGAUGCUGCUGGGUGCAGCACCCAGGACUUCAUCGCGUUUGGGGCGGAAUUGGGACUGAAGCUCAUUGGCAACAGAUUGGUUAUCCAUUAUCAAAUUGCCCAGAACCAAGACAGGGUUCUGCCUAAGCUAGAGCAAGUCUUUCGGCGAGCUCUGGAGGGCGGUAGUCAGACAACAGGAGGGGAGAAGGGCCCAACGAACAUGUACCAGCCGCGUUAA